AUGCUUUGGCUAGCUGACUUGUCAACUCUCAAUUGGUCACCGAGCUCAUCCAAAUUACGGGAGACGCGGGACACUCUGGUAACAAAAUUCAUUCGCAUCGGGAUAGCUGACAAGAACGAUAAUCCUCCAUAUUUCGACAAGGGCCUCUACGAGGCUGAAGUAGAUGAAAAUGAGGACAUUCAGCAUACGGUGCUCACCGUCACCGCCAAAGAUCACGACGAGUCCUCGCGUAUUCGAUACGAGAUCACGAGCGGGAACAUAGGCGGUGCAUUCGCCGUGAAAAACAUGACCGGCGCCAUUUACGUCGCGGGUGCGUUGGACUAUGAGACGAGGAAGAGGUAUGAGCUUCGGCUUACUGCGUCGGACAACUUGAAGGAGAAUUAUACGACAGUUGUAAUUCACGUGAAGGACGUAAACGACAACCCGCCUGUCUUCGAACGACCAAAUUACAGAACACAAAUUACGGAGGAGGACGACAGGACUUUACCGAAACGCGUUCUUGGGGUCACCGCGACUGAUGGUGACAAAGAUAGACCGCAAAACAUUGUCUACUUCCUAACUGGGCAAGGUAUUGAUCCCGAUAAUCCUGCGAACAGCAAGUUCGACAUCAAUCGCACGACCGGGGAGAUUUUUGUUCUGAAGCCGUUGGACAGAGAUCAACCAAAUGGUCGGCCACAGUGGCGGUUCACAGUGUUUGCUCAGGACGAGGGUGGAGAAGGUCUGGUGGGUUACGCCGACGUCCAAGUUAACCUCAAGGACAUCAAUGACAACGCCCCGAUAUUCCCGCAGGGUGUCUACUUCGGCAACGUCACCGAGAACGGCACCGCAGGAAUGGUAGUAAUGACGAUGACAGCUGUGGACUACGAUGAUCCAAAUGAAGGCACAAACGCAAGACUUAUCUAUUCCAUCGAGAAAAAUGUCAUUGAAGAAGAGACUGGUUCACCCAUUUUCGAAAUUGAAUCGGAAACUGGCGUUAUCAAGACCGCUGUGUGCUGCUUGGAUCGAGAACGCACCCCGGAUUAUUCUAUACAAGUCGUUGCAAUGGAUGGAGGGGGGUUAAAGGGUACCGGGACGGCAUCGAUACGGGUCAAAGACAUAAACGAUAUGCCACCACAAUUCACGAAGGAUGAAUGGUUUACUGAGGUGGAUGAAACAGAAGGACCAGAUCUGCCAGAGAUGCCGAUACUCACCGUAACCGUCCACGACGAGGACGAGACCAAUAAAUUCCAAUACAAGGUAAUCGAGAAUAGCGGUUACGGUGCCGACAAAUUUACUAUGGUACGAAACAAUGAUGGCACAGGAUCGUUGAAAAUUGUGCAAUCGUUAGAUUAUGAGGACCAACUGCAGAGUAAUGGCUUUAGAUUUAGGAUACAAGUGAACGAUAAGGGCGAAGACAAUGACAAUGAUAAAUACCACGUGGCCUAUUCCUGGGUAGUCGUGAAAUUGCGAGAUAUCAAUGACAAUCAGCCACAAUUCGAGAAAGCCAAUAUCGAGACUACUGUACCAGAGAACGCCCGCAUAGGCAGCAGCUUGGAAACGUUCAGAGCCACCGAUCCGGAUCAAGGUGGCAAGAGUAAAGUCUCGUAUUCCAUUGACAGAAGUUCCGAUCGAAAGAGACAAUUCUUCAUCAACGAAAAUGGCACCGUUUCGAUACAGAGAAGCCUUGAUCGCGAAGAAACUCCUCGGCAUCAGGUUAAAAUUUUGGCAAUCGACGAUGGAAUACCACCUAAAACCGCGACAGCCACCCUGACAGUCGUUGUACAAGACAUUAAUGACAAUCCACCAAGAUUCCUCAAAGACUAUCGUCCAGUUUUACCAGAAUAUGCACAAACUAAAAAGGUCGUUGAGAUUCUCGCUACCGACGACGAUGAUCGAUCAAGGAGCAAUGGCCCUCCGUUUACUUUCCGGAUGGAUCCUAACGCCAACGAUGUUAUCAGAGCUAGCUUCAAAGUUGAGAGCGAUAACAAGGGAGCUAAUGGAGAUGGAAUGGCCGUAGUUUCAUCUUUACGAUCUUUUGACAGGGAACAACAAAAGGAAUUUUUGAUUCCCAUUGUUAUCAAAGAUUCUGGAAACCCUUCUAUGUCUGGGACCAGUACAUUGACGGUUAUCAUAGGGGAUGUUAACGAUAAUAAAAUGCAACCUGGCUCUAAGGAAAUCUUUGUAUAUAAUUACGCAGGACAAUCGCCGGAUACCGAGAUAGGUAGAGUGUACGUAUACGAUCUGGACGACUGGGAUCUGCCUGAUAAGAAAUUUUAUUGGGAGGGACUGGAACACGCUCAAUUUAGACUCGACGAGGAUUCGGGAAUGAUUUACAUGAAAUCUGGUACACACGACGGCAAGUAUCACCUACGAUUCAAGGUUUACGAUCGGAAGCACACGCAGACAGACGUGCCCGCGAACGUGACCGUCACCGUCAAGAGUAUCCCGCACGAGGCGGUGUUAAAUUCAGGCUCAGUUCGAAUAUCCGGGAUAACUGAUGAGGACUUUAUUCGUGUCUGGAAUUAUCAGAAUCAAACUUUAUCACGGAGCAAGGCAGAUCUAUUCAGAGACAAGUUGUCGCAUCUAUUGAACAUAGACAGGGAUAACGUGGACGUCUUCAGCGUUCAAUUAAGGAGAGUGCACCCGCCGUUGACAGAUGUCAGAUUCGCCGCACAUGGUUCACUGUACUACAAACCAGUCAGGCUGAAUGGCAUUGUGCUUAUGCAUCGCGAAGAGAUCGAAAAAGACGUGGGUAUCAACGUAACUAUGGUCGGCAUCGACGAAUGUUACUACGAGAACGAGAUGUGUGAAGGAAGUUGUACGAAUACCCUUGAUAUCAGCAACCUGCCAUACAUGGUGAACGCGAAUAGGACUGCUCUUGUUGGCGUACGCGUUGAUGUGAUAGCCGAGUGCACUUGCGGAGCGCGAAAUUUCAGCAAAGGCGAAUCCUGCAGGAACAGCCCUUGCUACAAUGGCGGACGCUGCGUGGAAGACCGAUUUGGAUUAUCAUGUCAAUGUCCAUCUGGCUAUAACGGUCCGAGGUGUCAGCAGACCGCCAGAAGUUUCCGAGGCAACGGAUGGGCCUGGUAUCCCGCUUUGGAAAUGUGCGAUAACAGCCAUUUGAGCUUCGAAUUUGUCACAAGAAAAUCUGAAGGAUUAUUAUUAUACAAUGGCCCGAUUGUUCCUCCCGAAGUCGAUGAAAUAAUGGUUUCUGACUUUAUUUCAAUUGAAUUGGAACGUGGUAUACCGAGACUACUGAUUGAUUUUGGAUCUGGCACUUUGGAGUUGAAAGUGAAACCAAAGAAAACCUUGGACGAUGGCGAAUGGCAUCGACUUGAUAUUUUCUGGAACACGGAGACCGUGAAGCUCAUCAUCGACUACUGCAAAUCCGCGGAAAUAUCUGAGCUGGAGGAUGGAAGCCCGCCAGAAUUCAAUGAUACCAGUUGUCAAGCUACGGGAACUAUACCCCCGUUCAACGAGUACCUGAACGUAAACGCACCGCUGCAGAUCGGCGGUCUCUACGUAGAGCAAUUCGAUCCAACGCAUUACAAGUGGAAACAUAUGCCGGUGGGCAAAGGCUUCGACGGUUGCAUCAAGAAUCUGUUCCACAACAGCAAAUUGUACGACCUUGCUCACCCGGGUCUUUCGCGGAACAGCGUCGCUGGUUGCCCGCAAACGGAGGAGAUUUGCAACAAUCAGGAAUCGACCUUCCGUUGCUGGGAACAUGGCACUUGCGUCGGCAGCUUCACCGAGGCAAAAUGCCAGUGCAAUCCCGGUUGGACCGGUCCCGGUUGCAUGACACCGACGAUCCCAACUACUUUCAAGCCCCAGAGUUACGUCAAAUAUGCGUUGUCCUUCGAGCCGGAUAAAUAUUCCACUCAGGUGCAACUGAGAUUCCGCACUAGAGAGAUGCACGGCGAAUUGUUCAGAGUGAGCGACCAGCAUAACAGAGAAUACGCCAUUUUAGAGAUCAAAGAUAGCAGACUGCACUUCAGAUAUAAUCUGAACAGUCUUCGGACAGAAGAGCGAGAUAUCUGGCUCUCGGCAAUAGCCGUAGAUGAUGGACAGUGGCAUACGGUUAGAGUAUCGAGAUACGGAUCUGCCGCAACUUUGGAGCUGGACGGUGGCGAAGGACGAAGAUUCAAUGAGACCUUCUCCUUCGAGGGUCAUCAAUGGCUCCUCGUCGAUAAACAGGAAGGUGUCUACGCGGGUGGCAAAGCGGAAUAUACUGGUGUCCGCACAUUUGAAGUUUAUGCGGAUUAUCAGAAAGGUUGUUUGGAUGACAUAAGAUUAGAAGGAAAACAUCUUCCGCUACCACCUGCCAUGAACGGGACUCAAUGGGGUCAAGCAACGAUGGCGCGAAAUCUGGAAAGGAAUUGUCCGUCAAAUAAACCGUGCGCCAAUGUCAUUUGUCAGGAUCCCUUCGAGUGCAUUGAUCUUUGGAACGAGUACGAUUGCACUUGCGGAGAGGGAAGAAUCCCUUCGCCAGAUAACAAAGGAUGCAUGGACAAAAAUGAGUGUAUUGACUAUCCCUGUCUAAACGGUGGAAGAUGUAUCAAUCAGGAUCCACGAUUCCGAUACCGAUGCAUUUGUCCUGAUGGUUUCUGGGGAGAAAACUGCGAAUUAGUUCAAGAAGGUCAAACGCUCAAACUGAGUAUGGGAGCAUUGGCGGCCAUUCUCGUUUGUCUUUUAAUCAUUCUCGUUCUCGUGUUGGUAUUCGUCGUCUACAACAGAAGACGAGAGGCGCACAUAAAGUAUCCUGGUCCGGAUGACGAUGUGAGGGAAAACAUUAUCAAUUAUGAUGACGAAGGUGGCGGAGAGGACGACAUGACCGCGUUCGAUAUCACGCCUCUGCAGAUCCCGAUUGGUGGCCCGAUACCGGAAAUGGGUGGCAAGCUGCCUCCGUGUAAAGUAGCCUAUCCACUUGGACCGGAACCGAACGUCGGUGUCUUUAUCGAAGAUCACAAGAAGAGAGCUGACAGUGACCCAAACGCACCCCCCUUCGACGAUUUACGGAAUUACGCGUAUGAAGGUGGCGGAAGCACCGCGGGUUCUUUGGAAUCAUUAGCCUCCGGUACGGAUGAUGAACAACACGAGUACGAGUAUUUAGGCGCCUGGGGCCCGAGAUUCGACAAAUUGGCCGACAUGUAUGGUCCCGCGGAAGAGAGCGAAGAGGAGGAAUAAUCAGCCAAGUAUACAGCCGAGUCUCCACAUCACAUUGCACCGAGUAACGUGAUCCACAUCGUCCGAAUGAACGCUCGUGAGACCACCUCGGUCGAGACGACCCGAUCCGUCACGUCGGAUGACAGAGAUCGUCAUGACGUACAUUCGGAGGAUCUCGAAGGAAAAAGAGAGCACGGCUUCCUUCGCCGAGAGUGAUAAAUUCCCGACGAGCAACGAGGGACAGCUUCCUCGUAGUUGUGCAGCUAGUGAAAGUACUAAUUACACGUGACGUCAUACCCAUCGCGUCACGCGACACGUUGUCGCGUCAUCGGCGCUGCGUGGACGCAGGCACACGCGGGCACACACGUACUCGAGGGUCACAGGUGCAUAAAGGAACGUUGCAAUAGCGCGACGGUAUACGUAGAAAGGUGGUAAACGAGAAGGCAGAGAAGUCGCAGCAUAUAUUUAACUGUAUAGUACGUUAUACGUAGUGAAAUAUCCAAAGACACGCGACAAAGACUUUUUCUAAUGUGAACCCUUUUCCCGUCAUCGACUCCGCUCAUCGGUCACCAUCGGUAAAUUCACCCCAUGCAUACACCUAUAUAUACAUAUAUACGUGUAGGUAUAAUAUCGCGUCGUUGUCGUCAAGUGUCGGAUCUUAGAUCGACGUGUCGUCCUCGUGCAACCGGGAUUCGUUAAUUUAUUUAAUGUCGCGAAUUCGGCGACCGUGUUAGAUGUGUUGUAACUGAUUAAUCAAGGGCAUUCACACACAUUCAAACAUACGCAUAUACAUACACACAUAUACGUUAACACGAUA